UAGUGCACCAUGUUCUUGUUUCUGAGUCAUGCAUUUGGUGCCGGCAUUUUACUGCCGCUCUACUAGUUCUAGUGUGGCCAAGUUUUAGCCAUUUGUAGGGUGAUCCUUUUAAGGCAAAGUUAGGAACACUUAAAAUAGCAACAACUAGUUCCAUCUUCAUUUGACAAAAGAGAACAAACUAAACACUGAAAAAUGUCUGCUACUGCCCACGACUUUGAGCUUGUAAGAAUUCAGAUUUACGUUCUUAAAGUUCAGAUCAACUGUCAUGGAUGCAUGAGGAAGGUGAAGAAACUGCUUAAAAGAAUUGAAGGGGUUUAUGAAGUGAAAAUGGAUGUUGAUGAACAAGUGGUCAUAGUAUCGGGGAAUGUGGACUCUGCAACACUGGUCAAGAAGCUAAACAAAUCAGGGAAACAUGCAGAGCUUUUAUCAGAGAGCCCAUUGGAAAACCAAGAAACAGAACUACUUUAUAACUGGUUCAAUGAUGACUUUCACCAAAACAAGGGAGAUCUGAACUGGCGUAAUGACGAGAAGACUCAAAAUGCAGAACUCGUUAACUGGCUCAAUAGUAACAAGCAUCAAAACCAAAUGCACAGUUCAUACAAUUCUCUUGGAACCUCCAAGAGACAGCCUAUGUUUGCCCCUAUUGAACGAGGCUUCGAUCAGUGGGGCAACGAACAGGUCCUGGACCAAAGUGUCGGAAUUGACUCUCUCACAGGUGAGGCAAAUCAGAACCUUUUUGCACUAGGAAACAUGGAUUAUCCAUAUAAUGCUCUGGAAGAAAGCAUCAUCAACAAUGCAGGUUUUGCAAGAACUUACCCAUUUGGAGAUCUGCAAAAUAUACGAGGUAGAAGAAAUUCAAUGGUUGAUUUUCAAGGUCUCCGAAACACUAAUCCUAGUUUUGCUCCAAUCCAAGGUCUCAGAAGUAUUAAUUCCCGUUUUGCUGAUUUGGGAGACGAAGAACUAGGAAUACAGAAGUUACAUACUGCUCAGGGGGCCUAUGGAUAUCAACAAAGGCCAGUCACCGAGAUGAAUGAUAUGCAGGCUUACCAUUACAAUUAUCCAGCUUCAACAAUGAACUCAUUUUUUGAUUACCCUUCAACAAUGAUGAACUCUUACCGGCAGAACGGACAGGGUAAUGGCAUUGACAACUUCACCAGUGAUAUUUACACAUAUCAACCAGGGAGAAUUCUCAAUCAGACACCCUAUGGUGUCUUCCCACCCAACAUCAACCAUUUUGGGAACAUGAAUAGCUAUAAUAUUUGAGACAUUACAAUCCUUACCUAUACAGUCUGUAGUUUAGAUUUCAAUUUCACACAAUACUUUUCGUUUCUCUUUUUUUUUUUUUUUUGGUCACAGGUAAUUUCACUUGAAUAUGCUAACGGUUUAAUUUUUCUUUUUAUUUUAUACAUUAUCCUAGUACUUUAACAUGUUAUAAUGGGUAACUUACUUUAUUUCCCAAUUUUCUAACACCACCU